UACAAAUGAAUUUAGGCACCCGAAGGAGAGAUUGCAGAAGCUCUCAUCUAGACACAAAGAGAGCGCUAUUGCUCUGUACCGUAUUGUAUUGUACUUGUUACCUGGGACUUACACAAGUACACUCUGAAGAUGUGGACAUCCUCCAAAAUUUGGGUCUCAAGGGAGAGAAACCGUCGCGCUCGGUGCCAGCAGGGGUCAUUCCAUUCAAAUCGGGGAUCAUCCUCAACCAGCGGGCGCACAUUGAAACCCCAUUGCGCUCAGUCUUCCCUGCGGCCAUCUGGCCCAACCUGGCACUGGUCCUGAGUGUGCGCUCACACCGAGUCAACAGUGCUUUCCUCUUCACCCUGCUCUCAGGCCGCAAGAAGCUCCUUCUCGGUCUGCAGCUUACACCGGGCCAUCUGGUCCUACACACGGGACCAAACACCUCGGUGGCCCUGCCCUAUGAGCCCCAUGAUGGUCGGUGGCACCAACUGGCGGUGGGAAUUAAUGGACAGAGAGUGACUCUUUAUGCCUCCUGCGGAGAGCAGAGUGUUCAUGCAGACUUUGGGUGGGACAGUGAUGAGGGACCGGCUCCAGAGCUCCAGGGCUCCUUCUUGUUGGGGAGGACAAACCAGAAGCAAGCCUCAGCACACUUUGAAGGAGCCAUCUGCCAAUUUGACCUGGUCCCUUCUGCACAGGCAGCUCACAACUACUGCAGUUACAUUAAGAAACAGUGCAGGGAAGCUGACACAUACAGGCCCAACCUUCCUCCCUUGUUGCCUAUCCUACCACGAGAAGCAAACACAACAGCUACCGCUGCUACCCCUAAGCGUGGUGGCUCAGAAACACCCAGGAGGACCACAGGGCAGAGCCUUGCCAGGAGUGUCGCCGCUGCUGCCUCGGCUGUCAGAUAUGUGGCCCCCACCCAAACAAUAAAGACCAGUCCUGGGACCAUUUCUACACCCUUUCUGGUAACUGUGAUGCCCAUCACAGUCCAGCUUGGUUUGGCCUCCCCGCCUCCCAAGGCCAGGACUGAGACUGUCACAGCACCACUCAGGACAAGAGUACCCCCGACUAAACCAGCAAACCCAAGACCCACAACCUCUAAAGAUCCAAACCAUAAACUCUCCAAACCAACUCCCCCAAAGCCCACUCCUCAUAACAGCUCCAAAAAAACAAUAGCAGGAACAGACAACCAGAAGAAACCUACUAUUCCAGCCACUACCAACACCAAACCCUCCAAGACAAAGCCUGACUCUUCCUUAUCAGAACAAGGUCCAACCCCAAAGAAACCACAACCCACCACAGCCAAGAAAACAUCUCCCAAGUCUAAAGUUACGCCAUCCAAAGCCACUCCGUCCAAACCCAAAACAAAUUCUGUCAAAGUUGUCAAGCCAACAAUCUCCAAAGUCAACCCUUCAAAAUCAACAAUCUCCAAAACUACAACUGCUAAAACCUCCAAGCCAGUCACCAAGCAGGUCACCAAACCAACAAAGCUAGCCAAAACCACCAAGGCUACAGUCACCCCGCGACCAACCAGAUCUUGGUACAACCCUGUUACUCCACCUGCUACUGAUGGGUUCCAGAGCUGGGAUGUGCCACCUACUCAGUUCUCCCUGCUGGCUGGACCUAUAGGACAGAAAGGAGAUACAGGCCCAUCGGGACUACCAGGACCUCCAGGGAAGCCAGGCCUGCCAGGCAAGAGGGGUCCUCGGGGCGCCCCUGGUCCCCAUGGAAACCCUGGCCGACCUGGUCCAUCCGGGCUCAAGGGGAGAAAAGGAGACCCUGGCAUCUCACCUGGGCCAGCACCUAAAGGAGAGAAGGGAGACUCAGGGAUUAUUGGCCCGGUGGGACUGACUGGCCAAGAAGGUCGGAAGGGACUGAAAGGUUACCCUGGUCCACCUGGACUCCCUGGAGAGCCUGGAGAGCAAGGUCCAGUCGGAAGCCCAGGUGCCAAAGGUUAUCCUGGCAGGCAGGGUUUACCAGGGCCGGUAGGACCAUUGGGGCCUAAAGGCGUUCGGGGUUUCAUUGGAAUCCCGGGGCUUUUUGGCCUGCCUGGGCCUGAUGGCGAAAGAGGCAUUCCCGGCGAACCAGGGAAGAGGGGCAAGAUGGGUAGGCCGGGGUUUCCAGGGGACUUUGGGGAGAGAGGACCACCUGGACCAGAUGGCGAGCCAGGGGAGCUGGGAGCCCCCGGUCCAAACGGAGUUCUUGGACUUAUUGGUGACAUGGGACCUUUGGGAGAGAUGGGCCUUCCAGGACCUAAUGGACUGAAGGGUGUGCCCGGAAAUCCAGGAGAACCAGGACUGAAAGGUGAUAAGGGUGAAGUUGGAGGUCCCGGAGAGCAAGGGGAGAUUGGGUACAGUGGAGACAAGGGCAUCCAGGGGGCUCCAGGGUUACCAGGCAUCCGUGGGAAACCAGGACCACAGGGCAAGAUAGGAGAGAGAGGCCCUGAUGGCGCUCAAGGACCACCAGGUCCUGAGGGUUUCCCUGGUGACAUGGGACCUCCGGGAGAGAACGGCCUUGAAGGACUAAAGGGAAAGCCAGGGGCCAGAGGUUUACCAGGACCACGAGGAGUACCGGGCUUGGAGGGUGAUGAGGGCCCGAUCGGACCACCAGGCCCAACAGGACUGGAGGGUAGAAUGGGCAGAAAAGGUUUUCCAGGAAAGGUUGGGCCGGAGGGAGUUAAGGGAGAGUCCGGUGUCACAGGAAAUGUUGGAACCAUGGGAGAAAGAGGUUUGGUGGGUUUCAUCGGAGCUGUAGGAGAGGCAGGACUGGCAGGAGAGAAGGGGGAUCGAGGGGAGAUGGGUCAUCCUGGACCACCUGGAGAAAAGGGAACAACGGGUCACCCAGGGACACCAGGGGAGACGGGGCCUACAGGACCACCAGGAAGACCAGGCUCUGCUGGAGGGGCCGGGCCAGCCGGUACCAGAGGACCCAAAGGCUUACGGGGAGCGAUAGGACCCGACGGUCCAACAGGAGAGAUGGGGUCAGAGGGCAAGGCGGGCGCUGAUGGUCCUCCAGGAAAAAUAGGUUUCCCUGGACCACAGGGGAAGAUCGGAGAGUUUGGGGAAACUGGGCAUAAAGGUUUUCCUGGUAUCCAAGGGCCUUCAGGACCUCCAGGGGACAAGGGAAUAGCAGGCGAGCCGGGAUCACCUGGGCCUCCAGGGACCGUGGGACUGUUAGGAGAAGUCGGUCAAAAGGGUCCUUCGGGCAAGGUGGGGGAACCAGGACUGCCAGGCGAGCCAGGGGAGAAGGGACCCAUUGGACCUGUUGGGAACAUCGGAGAGCAGGGACUAAUAGGACAGCGGGGAGAGCCAGGCCUAGAGGGAGAAGCUGGUCCAGCUGGUCCUGAUGGAGCCAAGGGUGACAAAGGCGACAUGGGUCAGGAGGGCGACAACGGAGAAAAAGGUGAAAUCGGGCUAAAGGGAAAAGAGGGCCCAGCUGGUAAUCCUGGACUCAACGGCGUCAGAGGUCCUGAAGGGAAACCUGGCAAAAUUGGUGAAAGAGGCAAACAAGGGUUCAAGGGUACCAAAGGUCAUCAUGGUCACCUUGGGGAGACUGGGACGGUGGGGAAGACUGGACCACCAGGUUUCGUUGGACAGAAGGGGUCCAGAGGAACCAUUGGACACGUGGGAGCUCCUGGUCAAAUGGGUCAACAAGGGGAACCUGGUAUUGCAGGUUAUGAGGGCCAUCAGGGAUCACAGGGCCCCAUGGGGACUCCAGGACCAAAAGGUGAAAAGGGCGAACAGGGGGAUGAUGGGAAAGUAGAGGGUCCUCCUGGUCCUCCAGGUGACAUAGGUACUCCAGGUGACAGAGGACAGAGAGGAGAAUCAGGAGAUCCGGGGUAUAAAGGUCAAGUCGGUCUGGAUGGCGGGAGAGGCAGGUCUGGAGCCCCUGGACAACCUGGACAACCUGGACUUCGUGGGCAACAAGGACCCAAAGGUGCCAAAGGAGAUCAAGGUCAAAAAGGCAAAAAGGGUCUGUCAGGACAAAAAGGAACCAGAGGUCUUGAGGGUGUGGGUGGUCUAUCCGGUCCCAGAGGUGUGGUGGGUCGAGAAGGCCUUGAGGGUUUGCCCGGGAUUGAUGGAGUCCCAGGAAAAGAUGGCAGUAAAGGCAUGCCGGGAGAGCAUGGUGAUGAUGGGGAGGCUGGUCUUCCUGGCAAAGCGGGCUCACGUGGUAAAACUGGCGGUCCAGGACUCCCGGGAGAUCAGGGGACCUUUGGACCAAAGGGUGAGCAGGGUCUUCGAGGCCAGACUGGACCUCCAGGGAAAAGAGGCUUCAGAGGUGGAAUGGGACUACCAGGGCCACAGGGAGACCAAGGACCUAAAGGACAACUUGGUGAUACAGGGGUCCAAGGUUUUCCAGGAAUUUUGGGAGCUUUUGGACCAAGGGGGCCUCCAGGAGACUUUGGGCCAAAGGGCAUACGAGGACCAAAGGGGCCGCAGGGCACAAUGGGCAGAGGAGGAGCUGUUGGCCCUAUGGGAAUUAUUGGUCCCAAUGGAAGCGUGGGUCCAAGAGGAGAGAAAGGCAAUCGUGGAGAGACUGGAGUACAAGGCCCAAGGGGAUCUCCUGGACCUCGUGGACCUCCUGGACUUCCAGGUCGCCCGGGUAUCCCUCUAUCAUUUGUUGAAGAUGGUGUCUUGUUUAUGGAUUCACACACCCCACUCAGGACUGAGAAUAAGCCAGUGAUGGACCUUCCGAUGCUGGACCAGGGCGCAGAGAUCUUUAAGACCCUCCACUACCUCAGUAACCUGAUCCAGAGCCUGAAGAACCCACUGGGCACUCGGGACAACCCCGCCCGCAUCUGCAGGGACCUGCACAGCUGUGAACAGAAGUUAAACGAUGGCACUUAUUGGAUGGACCCCAACCUGGGCUGCUCGUCAGAUACAAUAGAAGUCUCGUGCAACUUUACUGGAGGUGGACAGACUUGCCUAAAACCAAUAACUGUAUCCAAGCCUUCCAUCAGCAUCGGCCGUGUCCAGAUGAACUUCUUGCACCUGCUGAGCUCAGAGGCGGAGCAGCACAUCAUCGUCCACUGUCUGAACAUCUCGGUUUGGAGGUCAGCUGAGGAUCAGCCGGCCGCUCAGAACUCUGUGAGAUUCAAAUCCUGGAGCGGGGAGGUGUUUGAGGCGGGAGGAGAGCUCGAGCCAGAAGUCGUAGAGGACUCCUGCUGGAUGAAAGAUGGCCGCUGGCACCAAACCCAUUUCGUGUUUCACUCCCUGGAUCCCUCUCUGCUCCCUGUGCUCGACAUCUACAACCUCCCCAAGACUUCAUCUGGCUCACAUUACCACCUAGAAGUAGGUCCUGUAUGCUUCCUGUGAGGGCUGCCGUGUAGGUCUUCCGAGGGUGGAAGAAUGGAUCAUCACCCCUUGGUGACACCUUUAUGCGGGCGUGGAGAUCGGAGCAAUCUCCUCCAAUCCAUGGCAAAAUAAUCCAAGCGAGUACAAGCCUUCCCUCCAUACAGAUCCUGCUUCACUCUUCCAAACUCUCAAUGGACUGCAGACACAGAGGGAGGAAGCACGGGGGGGUUGGAGGGCCAAAGAAGAGCUGAGGAGGAGCAGGGGAGUUCUUGCACUAAUAGCUUCUCCAUAUGGCAAAGGCUUCUUCAAGCUCUUCAAGAAGGAUCUCCAUAUGUACGCCCACUUGGAGAAAAAAAGGCUCUAUGCCACACAAUCUCUCAAGAACAUUGCUAAGUGAAGGGAGACCAAGGCCAAGUUAAUCAGCAGACAUUAUAGUAACUUAUUUUUUUAACUGUAUACAGUCUGUAUACUGUGUGUACUUUUUUUUUUUUUGAAAUACCAGGAAUUCAUUUCU